AUGUACUUCUGCGCCGCCUGCAACGUAUACGUCAAGGACUCGAGCGUUGCUGAGCAUGACCAGACUACAGCCCAUCUACUGUCCAGCUCUAAGGGCGUCUCAGUGCGAAAAGUUUGGCUUCCCGAGACGAAUCGCGGCUAUCAGUUGCUCAAGUCCAUGGGCUGGCAGGACAACGGCGGACUGGGACCAACAGGGGACGGCAAAGUGAUGCCCAUAGCGACAACCUUCAAGACGGACAGAGCGGGUGUUGGUGUGCAGCCCACAGCUAAACAGGCGAGAAUUACUCACUUCCCGGCACAUGACGAGCAGCAGGCCAGAAUGGCGGUAGAUGGACGCAGUGAAGCGCAACGCAUGCAGGACAGACUAACUCGCAAACGGAAGCAGACUCAACAGCACCCAGUUGGCCUCUCAAAGGCGCAGAGGAAGCUACAGAAGCAGAGGGAGCAACGAAGAGACCGAGCUAUCGGCAACGAGUUGUACUCGGACGGCUUGGAUGGAUACGAGGAGUUUCUGCGAUAA